AUGGUCGCGGCUUCGAAGCGCGGCCGCUUCGCGGACGUCGCAGCAGCGCGCUUUCGCGCGAAGGAGAUCCCGGAUGUGAAGGAGAUUGUGGAAGAAGUGGAUGAGGUCAUUGAAGAGGUGGGUCCGGUCCAGGAGGAGGAGAUAGACCACUUCGCAGAGCUUGAGGCUGCGGAGCGGAAGCGCGCCUUGGCACGAGCCAAGAAGAAGCUCUCCAGCGCCUUACACGAGGGGCAUUUGCAAGAAGCGCUAGAAGCUGUCGAGCUUCUUCUGGACGAAGAGGAGCCCAUCGCAGUCGAGCCCCUCCGCUCGCUCCUGAACCUCAGCGCCGCCCAGCCAGAUGCCGAGAACUUCGCACGCGCGGUGAGUGCGGCCCAGCGCGGGAAGAUUACCUUCGAUGAGCAGGCCUUUGCUGCGUUGAUUGGGCAGCUCUUGGCCACCGAGGCGGCGCACGCCUUGGUCCGCUGUGCCUUGAAUUUCGGAGUACCAGAGGACGGCGAUGUGAUCCCAUUGAUCCCUUUGGACAUCCGUGAGUACGAGCAGCAGGACGUCUUCCGAGCCGCCACCAGCGCCGACGACAGCGGGGAGUUGGACAUGGACCUGGCGGAGGGGCCUAGCGUGCCAGCCAUGUUGGAGUUCAGUGGCUGCACGCGGAAGCCGGAGCUGAAUGGGCUUUACCAGCGGCAUCGGGGAAGGAAAGACUUGCUAGGUCACUCGAGGCCGAUCUAUGUGCGUCGCUUGGGCUUUGCGCGGAAGUGGUGUGUCUACUUCUGGAACCCGGCACUCACUGUGGACAAAGAAGCUUCAUCCUGGGAGCGCGGCUGGUACUUAGCCUCAGAGAUCGGUGGCGGUGGAUACACCGUGGCUCGCUGUGGCAGCGAUGAGGACCUGCCACCGGAACAGGGCUGGAGCUUCAGCUCGCAUGGCAAUUGGAUCCCCGACACCAGCGGCUUUCUGGUCCCCAGCAGCCGAGCGAAGCGAAUGCAAGCGUUGAACUUGACCGAGGAGGAAGCACAAAACGCCCUGGAAGGGGUCGACCUGGAGGCUCUACGAGGCUCGGUGAAAGGUCGUGAUCCUGAAGUCACCAAGUAUUUCUGCCAUUUCUUCGUUCUCCUUUGCUUGGAGGCCAUGGCUGAAAUCCAAGGUUUUCGCUCGCGCUGGCGGUACCGGCAGCUCUAUGAGUUGGUGAACUUUGGAAUCGCCUUCCAGGAUCUCAGAGUGCAGCAUUGUGGGCACGAACGGGAGAACCACAAAGCAGCUUUGCCAGGCUGGCCGCAGCUGAACACGUUGGAGGUGCACUUCAGAAUUCCAGACAGGGUGAAGGAGGAGAACUGCCGCUUCAAGCCAGGUGAAAACGUGGUGAUCUCCCUCAACGAUCCAGUGAAGAACCGGGUCACCGAAGGAAUGGUGAAAGAGGUGGACUUUGUGGGGCACGUGCUGGUCGUUGACAUCCAAGGGCAGAUGCCCGAGGAUCCGCACCGCAUGAUGCGUUACCGAAUUGACAACUACGCCAACCGGGUGACCUUUGAACGCCAGGUAACUGCGCUGCUUCAAUUCAUUGCUAUGGAAAGGACGGAGAUUUGCCAGAUGCUGGUGUCCGCCGGUGUGGGCAAGUUGGACGAGGCGGUGCGCGAGGAGGCAGCGAUCAUGCGGCGCCGCGCCUGGCGGCAGAAGCAAGGCAAGGACUACAAGGGUGCACAACAGGAAAAGCUGCGCAAGAUGGACAAAGACGUCUUGGCGAAGAACAAAGCCGCCGCCUUGGCCGCUUGGGACGAAGAGGACUUCUUCAUGGACGAGGAACCAGUGGAGGAGGAGAUCAUCGAAGAAGAAGAAGAAGAGGAGAACGAGGAGGAAAAGUUGACACCUGAGGAGGAGGAGCGCAGGAAGAGGACGAUAAACCUUGCCUCAGAGGAAGCAAGUGCUGUGGGCGAGGAAAACCUCAAGUUGGCGACUGCGCAGGCAAAUGCCUUCCAAAACACCUCAGACGCGCAGAAGCAUGCCAUUAUCAGCGCCAUGUCGAAGAGGCUCACGGUGAUUCAAGGGCCACCGGGCACCGGGAAGACGCACACUUCGGUUCGGAUUUUGAGCACUUGGGUCAAGACCAUGGGCUACAAGCCCCUGUUGGCCACCUCCGAAUGCAACGUGGCGGUCGACAACAUCGCGGAGGGAUUAGUCGCGAAUGGCAUUAAGGUGGUUCGGAUCGGCCAUGUGGAGAAGGUCAACGCUCGCUUGGAAGAGGCCAUCCUGGAGAACUUGGUGCGCCAACAACGUGCGGAGGUGGAACGCCAAGGCGAUUACGAGGAUGAAGAGUGGGUGGAGGACCCCGGUGAGGAGCCCAGCUGGCAGAGUGCGGACUACAGUACGGAAAAGUGGAAGAAGGAAUGGCAAGCCUGGCGGCUGAAGAAGGAUGCUGUCAUCAAGAAGCGUGCCUGGGCUCGGAAGCAGUAUCAGCUUCUGAAGCAGAAGGUCCUCAAUGAGGCCGAGGUGAUCUGUGCAACAACCAUCGCUUGCGGAUCCGGUCAGUUGGCGGGUUUUGACUUCCACGGCGUGUUGAUCGACGAGGUGGCACAGGCCACCGAGACCUCCUGUAUCGUCCCGGUGGUUUGCCGCGGCGCCCGGCAGCUGGUCUUGUGCGGCGAUCACUGCCAGCUGCCCCCCUCGGUGAUCUCGCGCGAAGCGGAGCUCCGAGGCUACACGUUGUCGCUCUACUCACGCCUGACUGGUGCUGGCGUGCCCUACUGCUUCCUGGACACACAGUACCGUGCACAUCCCAUGCUAAUGGAAUUUAGCGCAUCCUGCAUCUACCAGGGGCGAUUGAAGAAUGGUGUGGAUGCCUCGAAACGUCCCCGCGUCAAGGGCUUGCCCUGGCCAGGCCCAGAAUGUCCUGCCAUGUUCGUGGAGAGCAACGUGGAGGAACAUUUGGAGGGCGAGUCGAAGGCCAACUUCGCAGAGGCCUUGAAGGUCAAGAAUCCGCUCUUCAUCCGCGGAAUCCCCCGGGUUCGACGACCGACCUUGAAGGACCUGGUGAAGGGUCUCCUGGAAGCUGGUUCCGUCGACUUACAGGACAUUGGCGUGGUGACGCCCUACAAGGGCCAAGUGCGGGUGUUGCGGAAGUUGAUUCACCUGCAGAACAGCUUGGGCGUCCCAAAGGAGGUGGUCACGAACUUGGAGAUUGCCUCAGUGGACAACUUCCAAGGACGAGAAAAGGAGGUCAUCAUCUUCUCCGCGGUGCGAUGCAAUUCCUGGGGCAGUGUUGGCUUCUUGAAGGAUUGGCGCCGCCUAAAUGUGAUGAUUACACGCGCAAGGAGGGCCUUGGUGGUGGUAGGCAACGCGAUGACUCUUUGCAAGGAUGAUCACUGGAGAAAGUGGCUGCAGUGUACCGAGAAACAGGGUGGCGCUGUGGAAGGGACUGUGAAGAAGGCCAUGGAGGAAGGGGAGAAUGGCGAAGGCAUCCAGCCAUGUGAGUUCGUGGAGACUGGGAAGGAGCUUUUCCCGGCGAUGAGCUCCAGCAGUUCUAAAAGGAAGUGGGAGGAGGUUGAAGCUUCAGCGGCUGUGGACCUUGCCGAGGGAGUGCAAGUCGCAGACAAGCAGGUGGAGGAAAUGGUGGAGGCAAAAGAAGAAAUCAAAGAAGAAGAGGUCAAAGAAGGGGCCCAACAAUGGGAGACAAAGAGUUCUUGGGUCGACGCAGCUGGUCCUGCGGUGACCCUACGGUGUUGUGAGGGCAGACAGAUGGCAUUGCAAGGAGGCGAGCUGACUAGGUAUGUGGAGCAAUUGCACGAAGCCCUCUUCCGACAGGCAGCAUGUAAAUCUCCAAGCCGUUUCGCUGCAGCGCGGCGUUGGGCCAUGGAUCCACGCCAGACUUGGAGCAGCCGCUGGCGAUCGAUGCAGGAGAGGUGGAGAGGCGAGAACGAUCCUGCAAGGCGUGAGCAUCAACGUGAAGGCUUCAUCUCGGUGCUCUUCACGCAGAACGCCCAGCUAGACCAGGUCUUGCUGCAUGUGGAGGCUCUCCGCACCUUGGCCUUCUCGGCGUGGACACACUGCCGGGUGAAGCGGCCCUAUGUGGUGAUCACCGAUGGUCCACUCCCCUCAGUGGCCCUGGAGGCGCUCCAAGCAGAUGGGCUCUCGGUGGUGGAGGCUGAGCACGAGCUGCAGGGCACCUACGGGGCCAAUCUGCGAGACGACCUGCAGUUGGACAGCUGGUGGAUGGAGCGGGGCGUCAGGCCGACGGCCAUCAAAUUGGCAGUCUGGAACAUGACCACCUUCGACCGAUUGCUGUUCUUGGAUGCUGACACGCUUAUCCUUGGUCCUGUGGAUGAGCUCUUUGAGAUGGACACCUUCGCUUCAGGGCUGAACCCCUACUCGGUACACGGGAUGACGGAGGUGGAGAACGGACGCAUCAAAUACAGGUUGCAUCCGGGCAUCAACACGGGCGUGAUGAUGUUGCAGCCUUCCAGAGUGUUAACCAUGGAGAUGGCCAAAGACAUGGCAUCAGGACGCCUGGAUCGCACCGCGAUCGCAGAGCACUUGGGCCGCUCCGAUCAACCGUGGCUGGACGCCUUUUGGCUCCAACACUCCCGACGCCUGGGCACCGCCAGGUUUGCCUCUCGGGCGGAUGGGAGCUUGGCGUUUCGAGGGUGCGAUGUCACCUUUGACGUGGACUGGGGCUACGCCGCCCGUCGAAGACGCAUCGAUGCCUGCAGUCGCGGGCAGACCCGGGGCCGGCCCAUGGCGAGUCGAGGCCCGGAACGUGCCUGGCCACGGACCUCCGGGCCGUCCUGCCGGCGAGGACACGAGAAGCGCCGUAUGAUGCGGCCCAUUGAUGCUCAUCAGGCUCACUGCAUUCUGCCCGUGGAAUAUGACUUCUUUGCCGACUACAAGGCCAUUCGAAUGCACGUUUGGUCUGAAGCACGGCAGCGGAAGACUGCAGGUGCCUUGCCGGGCGACCAGAACUUGACGGACAUUGCCUGGGCUGUGAAGCAAUACGUCGAGGACUAUGGUCUUUUGGGCCCCAAGGGCAUUAAGAUUCUCCAUUGGCCUGGAGAGCUCCGGAAACCUUGGCACCGCUGGCAGAAGGCGGUUCGGUCUCCCUUCGAUGAUGAGUGGUGGAAGGCGCAUGGAGAGAUGUGUCGACAAAGCUCAGCAGCAUGUCUUCUCCAUUGUGAUCAGCUGAAGUAGAAAGUGAAAGUGGCGAAGCGGAUGUGUGAACAAAAAAGACACUCUGGUGACCUUGUGUCUGUC